CCAGCCUCCCCCUUUGCCCCCCACCCCCCGCCCAGCCGCCGAUCUCGCUCCGCUGCUCGCUGACUCGCGCAGGAGCUGCUGCCUACUACUCCACUCGGCAACUGUGUCGGCUGAUGAAAUUGCUUCGAGAUCAAGCACAGCCGAUCAGCUAGUGGUGGUCCUGUAGGUGCUGGAUUGCUCUGACUCUGCUUCAGGUUCUGUUCCAGGGCAGCCGGCAGCCGGAGGCAGGUCGCCCCUUCUGGUUGAGCUCUGUAGCUGUGAGAGCUGCCGCGGAAUCAUCCCCCACGACCUCCUCGCUAUGGCGACAAUGCGGCCUCAAACAAUCCUACUACCGCCGCGCAUCGACCCCAUGUUCAUCAUCGACGGCAAUGGAGGUUCACUAGUCAACGGCAACGACAUUGGUGAUGGUAAACACUUCUAUUGUGCCAAGUGCAUGUCUGUCGUGGCAUGUGCAUGUAUUCGGCCCGGCUUCAGCAUGUGCGACCAUGACUUCUGCUCAAGCUGUGUUGCCAUGAAGCUACCCCAGAACGUCGCCCGCGUCAAAUGCACUGGGGAGAGCUCGACGGAGUCGGAGAAAUAUCACGGCCUGACGAUCUUGCGGCCUGAAACAGUCCAGUUACCGUCGCGCAUCGACCCCAUGUUCAUCACCGAGGGCAAUGAAGGUUCACUCAGUGAGGGCAAUGAAGGUUUACUCAGUGACAGUAAGCGCUUCUACUGUGCCAAGUGCAUGCAUGUGGUGCCAUGUGCAUGUAUGAGGUACAACUUCACCAUGUGCGACCACGACUUCUGCUCAAGGUGUGUCGCCAUGAAGCUGCACCAGAACGUCGCCCGCGUCAAAUGCACUGGAGAAAGCUCGACAGCGUCGGAGGAAUAUCGCGGCGUGACAAUGUUGCGACCUGAAACGGUCCAAGUACCGUCACGCAUCGACCGCAUGUUCAUCACCGAUGGCAAUGAAGGUUCACCGGUGGACGACAUCACCGAUGGCAAGCGCUUCUUUUGUGCCAAGUGCAUGCAUGUCGUGCCAUGUGCAUGUAUAAGGUCCAACUUCACCAUGUGCGACCACGACUUCUGCUCGAGGUGUGUCGCCAUGAAGCUGCGCCAGAACAUCGACUGCGUGAAAUGUACUGGAGAGAGCUCGACUGCGUCGGAAGAAUAUCGUGGCGUGACAAUGUUGCGACCUGAAACAGUCCAAGUACCGUCACGCAUCGACCCCAUGUUCAUCACCGAUGGCAAUGAAGGUUCACCGGUGGACGACAUCACCGAUGGCAAGCGCUUCUUUUGUGCCAAGUGCAUGCAUGUCGUGCCAUGUGCAAGUAUAAGGUCCAACUUCACCACUUGCGACCAUGACUUCUGCUCGAGGUGUGUUGGCUUGAAGCUGUGCCAGAACGUUCCUCGUGUCAAAUGUACCGUGGACAACUCAACGGCGGCGGAGAGAUACCACAGCAUGGCGAUGGUGCGGCCUGAAACUGUAUCAUCGCGCAUUGGCCCUAAGUUCGUUACCGGUGGCAAUGAAGAUUCACCGCUGGUGGACAGCAAGGACAUCGGCGAUGGUAAGCACUUCUACUGUGCUGAGUGCAUGCAUGUGGUGCCAUGUGCAUGUAUACGGUCCAACUUCAGGAUGUGCGACCACGAGUUCUGCUCAAGGUGUGUCGCCGUGAAGCUAGGCAAGAACAUCGCUCACGUCGGAUAUUCUGAAGGUGGGGAUGGUGAUGAUGAUCUGUUCUAUUGCAACAUCUGCAUGGAGAUGGUGGCGAGGACCCUCAAGUUCAGCGUCAACUCAUGUGGCCACGUCUUCUGCUCAAGCUGUAUCACCCAGUACGUCGCCGCGAAGCUGGACAACAAUGUAGCUCGCGUCGAAUGCCCUGACCCAGGCUGCAAGGGCGGUGUCAUUGAGCUGGAGAGGUGCCAUGACAUCAUUUCCCCGGACGUCCUCGACAAAUGGGGUUUCCUGCUGUGCGAAUCUGCGCUUGGCACCAAGAGGACAUACUGCCCAUACAGAGAAUGCUCAGCGCCUCUGCUUGCUGACAGCGAGGCCGGGGCGGCUGCGGUCACGGAGGCGGAGUGCCCGCACUGCCACCGGCUUUUCUGCGCCCAGUGCGCUGUGCCAUGGCAUGGCGGCAUCAGUUGCAAUGAGUUCCAGAAGCUCGGACUGGACGAGCGCGGCCCGGAGGACAUCUUGCUCAGGCAUCUGGUCGGCAGGGAGGGGUGGCAGCGGUGCCCCAAGUGCCAGAUGUAUGUGGAGAAAUCGGAAGGGUGCAAUUACAUCAAAUGCAGGUGUGGAUACAGCUUCUGCUACCGAUGCGCGUCCAAGUUGUCCACGCUAAACCAUUUCUGCAACAAGUGCAAGCGCUGACGAUUUAUUUGGGGUCUAGAGAUCUACGAAUAUAUAGUCUCCUUGAAUAGCUUCAGUUCUGUUUGUGUAUAUAUGGGUUGCUAAGGUAUCUUUUGGUUAUUGCAGUACAAACUGGAGACUGUUACUGCCUGAAUACCUGAUUGUCUAUAUAUAUCUAGUACUCCGUCCCAAAAUGGUUGUGGCUGGUCCAUAUAAUUGUACAAUGUAUCAGAGGAUU